AUGGCUUCGCGCCAGGAUCAGUCGCCUUCACCUCCUCAAGACCUCUCAGCUUCUCAAUUGACCAUUCCCUCUGACUCUGAGGCAUACUCAUCACUCUCACCGCCAUCCUCUUCACCGCCUCAAUCGUCAGAUAAUAACGGCACUCGGCCAGUUGUGAUAUAUCAGCCGCCGACGAUAUGGUCGAUACUACGGGGAGCCGCGAUAAACCUCGUCCUGCCCUUUGUGAACGGGAUGAUGCUGGGUUUUGGUGAGCUUCUGGCUCAUGAGUUUGCUUUCCGGUUGGGUUGGAGUUCAACAAAUGUGAGCUGUUUAGUGAAUCCCCCCGAGUUGAAUGCCACAAACCUAACCUUUGUUCGUCGCAGGUAUGGCCGCGCCAUCGAUCCUCUCAUCCCAUCGGGCCCGGUAUCGAAAUAA